AUGUAUAAGGAUUCCGAACCCGCCAAACCCAAGGUUCGGUUUUUACUUCCAGGGGAGUCAUCAGGCUCACCAAUCUUAGAACCCAGCUCAGUCUAUAGGGACUCCAGGUAUCUAAGAAAAGCUGGAACUGAAACUUAUGGCGAGAUUUUUCAGAAUAAGCUGGAUUACACAGAGCCAUCAACGGGAAUACCAUUAAUUAGAAGGCGCGCUUUAGAAGCUGAGAAUGCAAAGCAGCCACCAAAGAACAGCCCUCCGCAUUUCUCUCCACCAAAGUCGAUCUUUGUACGCAUUGCGGAGGAUCCACGUGUUUUUCCCGAUGAUUUUAUGGAUAUGCUGGAUGGCACAGAAGUAUCAGUUGCGUCAGAAUCAGUUGUUUUGCAAAAUGCAGAGUCAAGUUUGAUCUAUGAUAAACUUAGAGGUCCAGUAAAUAUUGGAAUUGAUUUUUCCUCCGAGAGUCGCCAGACAAGGAGGGAGGAUAUAAUUACGGAAUCUGACACAGUAACAAUCCUGAGGAGUGCUUCACAAGUAGAGGAGGCAUCCAAUAACAGCUUCACCUCGCCCUAUGACAGUCCAAGCCAACUUCAAUUUCAUGUUGCUAAUGAAACCAUAGAUGGAAACGCGGAUGUACCAUGUACAUCUGCCUUAUCAGAAUUUGAGUCUAGCUCGGUGUAUGAUGAUGAAAUCAUUCCGAGAGAGGCUCCAUAUCAUGUUGCUAUUGAAACCACAGAUGGAAACGCGGAUGUACCAUGUACAUCUGCCUUAUCAGAAUUUGAGUCUAGCUCGGUGUAUGAUGAUGAAAUCAUUCCGAGAGAGGCUCCAUAUCAUGUUGCUAUUAAAACCACAGAUGGAAACGCGGAUGUACCAUGUACAUCUGCCUUAUCAGAAUUUGAGUCUAGCUCGGUGUAUGAUGAUGAAAUCAUUCCGAGAGAGGCUCCAUAUCAUGUUGCUAUUGAAACCAUAGAUGGAAACGCGGAUGUACCGUAUACAUCUGUUAUACCAGAAUUAGAGUCUAGCUCGCCCUAUGACGUUCCAAGCGCAUUUCCAUUUCAUGUUGCUAUUGAAACCAUAGAUGGAAACGCGGAUAUACCGUAUACAUCUGUCUUACUGGUAUCAGCCCCCUUGUCAGAUGCUGUGAGCUCAGUUGAAAGAACCAAUUGGAAUACCCAAAACUCAGAGGACUGCGAUUUUGUUUCUGUGGAUAUUAGGAUUCCAGAGGAAAACGAUUCCUGUAUGAAUCAAUUAAAGGAGCCUAAAAAGAGUAGGAUACCACUGUUCAAAUUGUUUGCACGGCUCAAGAAGAGCAGAAAGACUCUGUUUAAACCGUUUUCAUGGUUCAAGAAGAGCAAAACGACUCUGUUCAAACCGUUUGCAUGGCUAAAGAAACGGGCAGAAAAGAAGGAGUUAAUAGAAAAAGUUGUUUUGGCUGAAAGUGAUGAUCAACAACAACAACUGCUGCUAAAAGAACAACAACAACAACAACAACAACAACAACAACUGCUGCUAAAAGAAGAACAACAACAACAACAACAACAACAACAACAACAACAACAACAACAACAACAACAACAACAACAACAACAACAACAACAACAACAACAACAACAACAACUACAACAACUACAACAACUAUUACAACAACAACAACUAUUACAACAACAACAACUAUUACAACAACAACAACAACAACAACAACAACAACUAUUACAACAACAACUACUAUUACAACAACAACAACUAUUACAACAACAACAACAACAACAACUAUUACAACAACAACUACAACAACAACAACAACUACUAUUACAACAACAACAACUACUACAACAACAACUACUACAACAACAACAACAACUACAACAACAACAACAACCGUCGCUACCUCAACCAUUUGAACUAGUGUGA